AUUGCAUGCUUCUCAAAAGUAUACAGUGAUUAAAAGCAUACAAUAUGAAAAGCAAGCACCUGUAAAUGUUGUCUAUACGACUCAUUUUCUUAUAAAACCCCUUCACACCAAUCUCACAACCUUGCACACCCCCCACUUCACACACAAUCUCUUCUUCUUCUUCUUUUCUUUCUCCUAUCCACACCCCCUUCCUCACCAACAUGGUGAAGUUCUCAAAAGAACUCGAAGCUCAACUAAUACCAGAAUGGAAAGACGCAUUUGUGAACUACAAGUUGCUCAAGAAACAAAUCAAGAAGAUCAAGCUCUCAAGAGUUCCUAAACAAGAACAAACUCCUCAAAAAGACUUCGGUUAUUCCAUUUUCGAUUCGGUUCGGUUCGUCGCCGAUAAAUUGUUUUCCUCUUCAGAUAACAACAACAAUCAAAAUAUCAUUCAGGUGAGGAGGAAAAUAAUGGAAGAUAGUGAAGAAGAAGUGUAUGAAACAGAACUUGCACAAUUGUUUUCUGAAGAGGAUGAAAUGCAUGUGUUUUUUGCUAGGCUAGAUGAAGAGCUUAACAAGGUGAAUCAAUUCUAUAGGAAACAAGAGAGUGAGUUUCUUGAGAGAGAUGAUAUGUUAACCAAACAGCUUCAAAUUUUGCUUGAUCUUAAGCAACUUAUAGCCGAUCGGCGCCGGAAAAAUCAUGUUCCAACGAGGAGUUCCAACGGCGAGAUUUUUUCCCGGUCUCCGGAUCAAAGCUCACGUUAUUCAGAAAGUUGUGGAGAAUCAGAUGAAACAAAUUCGGAAAAUUCACAAAUGGAUGAAGUGAUAUCGACAUUAGCGAAAAAUGGUGUGAAUUUUGUGAACUCGGCUACGAGAGUUAAGACGAAAAAAGGAAAACCUAAAACGACUAUGAGAAUCGAUAUUCCGGCCACCACGCCAACAAAGGCUAUCACGGCUGUUACUUCCAUUUUGUGGGAAGAUUUAGUGAAUAGUUCUGUAAAAGAAGGGUAUGGUGGUGAGUUUAUUAAUAAGAGAAAAAUUCAAUAUGCUGAGAAGAUGAUUAGAAGUGCUUUUGUUGAGCUUUAUAAAGGUCUCGGUCUUCUCAAAACUUACAGCUCACUUAAUAUAGUUGCAUUUUCAAAGAUACUCAAAAAGUUUGACAAGGUAGCAUGCCAAACAGCUUCUGCAAGUUACUUAAAAACAGUGAAAAGAUCACAUUUCAUAAGCUCGGAUAAGGUUGUUAGACUAAUGGAUGAAGUGGAAUCCAUUUUCACAAAGCACUUUACAAGCAAUGAUAGAAAAAAAGCAAUGAAGUUUUUAAAACCUCAAGUGCAGAAAGGCUCUCAUAUGGUCACCUUCUUUGUCGGAUUAUGUACUGGUUGUUUUGUAUCAUUGUUUUGUGUCUAUGCAAUCUUGGCACACUUGUGUGGAAUAUUCUCACCUAACACAGAACAAGCUUAUAUGGAAGCAGUUUAUCCUGUUUUCAGUGUAUUUGCAUUGUUUAGUCUACAUUUGUUUAUGUAUGGAUGCAACUUAUACAUGUGGAAGGCGACGAGAAUCAACCAUAAUUUCAUAUUUGAAUUCUCGCCGAGCACGGCGCUAAAGCAUAGAGAUGCUUUUCUGAUUUGUACUGUCUUCAUGACUGCUGUGGUUGGGGCAAUGGUCUUGCAUCUUCUUCUAAGGGCUGCAGGGUUUUUUCCCGGCAAUGUUGAUGCGAUUCCGGGAAUUCUACUUCUGUUUUUCAUAGCUCUGCUCAUUUGUCCGUUGGAUAUUUUCUACCGCCCAACUCGUUUCUGCUUCAUUCGCGUUAUUCGUAACAUUAUCUGCUCUCCGUUUUAUAAGGUUCUUCUGGUGGAUUUUUUUAUGGCUGAUCAACUUACUAGUCAGAUACCAUUGCUAAGACAUUUGGAGACAACGAGUUGUCACAUUUUAUCGCGAGUUUUCAAAACUCAUCACCCUGAAACUUGUAGUUCUGGACGAUUAUACAUGGAAAUAACCUACCUUAUCUCAUUUUUGCCAUAUUUUUGGCGUGCUCUUCAGUGUGUGAGAAGAUGGUAUGAUGACAGUGACGUUGCGCAUUUGGCGAACAUGGGGAAGUAUGUCUCUGCAAUGGUUGCAGCAGGAGCUAGAGUAACAUAUGGAAGACAAGACAACAAUGUAAUGUUUUUUAUUGUUAUAAUCACAUCUGUGAUGGCUACAAUGUAUCAAUUGUAUUGGGAUUUUGUCAAAGAUUGGGGAUUUCUUAAUCCUAACUCAAGAAAUGCAUGGCUAAGAGAUGAUUUAGUUUUGAAGAAUAAAAGCAUAUACUACAUGUCUAUGGCAUUAAAUGUUGUGUUAAGAGUGACUUGGACAGAAACUGUCAUGCAUUUCAAAGUGGGGCCUAUUCAGACAAGGUUGUUGGAUUUUCUGUUGGCUUCAUUGGAGGUUAUUAGAAGAGGACAUUGGAAUUUCUACAGGUUGGAGCAUGAGCAUCUAAACAACGUUGGUCAUUACAGAGCAGUGAAGACGGUUCCGUUACCUUUUCGUGAUGCAGAUUCAGAUUAGCAGAGGAGCUUCUCUUAUGAAAUUGGAUUUUCUGCAGUAAUCAAACACAUGCAUUACGCAUUCGUGACAUAUGUGACUGUCUAGUCUUGAUUAGUAGGUUUUAAGUUUAAUUUUAUAAUUUAAAUCGUGAUCGAACGGUCGUUGAAAUUCUAACGCGUAAUGCGGGAGCCAAAUUAUUCUCUGAUACAUGUACAUAGUGUUGUAGACAUGUUGAGGUGAAAAUGGAUGUCAAUAUCUGAAAGAGAAUAAUGUUUUGGAAGUGUAAGACCUCUUUACAUUAAUCGGAUACCAAUUGAAGUGUAACCAAUUGUGAUGUAUAAGAUGCAUUACAAAUGGCAUUGUUCUAUAUAUUAUGACUUUUGUAUACAACUUUUGGUCUUGGA